UUAUUAGAGGCCUGGCAAUUUUUGUAAACUUUUUUCUUUUCAAUUCAUAAAAUGUCAGUCACAUUUAAUACACAAUCUUCCAGCAGCAGCAGUUCGAGUGGUCCCGCGACGCCUAACGAUGAUUCCUCAACUUUUGCAGCCACAUCGAAUUUGAGGCGCCAGAACGCUCGCGAAAGAAAACGAAUUAUUAGGCGCCAAACUGGUCUGACCAGUGUACAGGUCCGCGAUGAGAAAAGAAUACCGGAUGAUCUCGACACAAGCACACCAUUCCAAACACGAAUUUUGCUUCUGCUCGCGUCGAAAGAUGGCAUUAAUAUAACUGUCAGAGCGUUACUCAGCAACAUUACAACCACUUUCUUGCUCAUACUUUGGACUGUAGUCAUUUUGUUGAUGGCUAGGAAUAAGAUACGCCCCGAUGAGUCACGUAUGUUCAUCCUUGAACCAGACAAACUGAGUACUUACGACAUACCACACGACCAAAUAGGCGACGAAAUUGGCAUAGUAAUGCACGGCCCAUUCGAGGAGACCAACAUUUAUGCAGAAGAUAAAGAGGUGGAAAAGGAAACGGUCACCAUGAAUAUUGUGAGUGUUGACAACAACAACGCAAAGCUAUCGGAUGAUUGGUACGUCUAUCUGCUGCCUGGCGAUCCGGAGCUGCAGCGCACAGUAAAAAAUUUGCACGUAUUCCCACUCUCUACAAAGCUGAGCUCUGAGGAAAAGCAGCAACUGCAACUCUCCAUGACAACCACCAAGCAAGUGACAAUCAAAUUGAGAGUCGAUGCGUAUUAUGCCAACCGCAAAUAUGGUGUGCUGUCUGGUGCUUUCGUUUUGAUUUUGAUGUAUGCAAUGAUUAUAACGGAAGUUAUCGAACGCACGCUUGCGUCCGUGUUCUGUGCAACACUGGCCGUAUCACUGCUGACCACCUGUGAAAUUUAUAUAAGCAUAUCGACCAUUAUGUCUUGGGUAGAUGUCGAGACGCUAUUGAUGCUAUUCUCCAUGAUGAUACUGAUUGCAUUACUUUCCGAUUCGGGCAUUUUCGAUUUUUUCGCCGUUUACGCAUACAAACUGUCGAAGGGUCGCAUAUGGCCGCUCUUGACUAGCCUAUGCUUAAUCACCGCCGUACUCUCGGCUUUCCUAGACAACGUCACCAUGAUGCUAUUGAUUGCGCCAGUUGUCAUUAAACUCUGCGAAGCGCUGCAACUCGAUCCAGUGCACUUGUUGACCUUUAUGAUAAUCUACUCCAAUAUAGGUGCAGCUUCGACGCCUAUUGGUGAUCCGCCAAACAUUAUUAUAACCAACAAUGAAUUUAUACGUCUGCAUGGCGUACAUUUCGGCAAUUUCAUGUUACACUGCGUACCCUGCGUCAUUUUGGUGAUCAUACAAACUUAUUGUGUUCUGCGUUUUAUGUUCAAGGAUGAAACGAAAUUACGAUUACACGAAAGCAUUGACGAUAGCUUGAAACGCCUGGCGCGUCAGAGCGUACGUCUCAAUUCAAUGGCCUCCAUGGGUAGUCUGCGUAGGCAGAGCCAAUUGAGCAGACAAUCUGAACGGAUUUUAAUGAAAGUCAAACGACGAAAAGAAAGAGUGACAGCCUCAUAUAAUUCGUUAUUGGAGGAACUGCAGUCGGAGUAUGGCAUAAAGGAUAUGUCACUGCUCGUUAAAAUAUCCAUCGCAUUUGUUUUUACACUUUUGCUAUUCUUUUCGCACGGCAUUCAUGGCUUACAUCAGCUCUCGCUUGCUUGGGCUGCACUGGUCGGUGCGCUACUUGCUUUCGUGCUGAUCAAUAUUGAUGAUUUUCCGUCGUUGUUGCAACGCGUCGAAUGGUCGACUUUGAUAUUUUUUGCUUCGCUAUUCAUCAUCAUGGAGGUGCUGAUCAAGAAUGGUCUAAUUGGUUUGAUAGGCGAAUAUGUGCAGGAUGUCCUAUUGCUGGUGGAUGGAAAAUAUCGCUUGCUAGUAGCGGUUAUGCUAAUACUUUGGGUAUCUGCCAUCACUUCGGCCUUUUUCGUUAAUAUACCGGUUACGGCUAUGAUGGUGCCCAUAGUCAUAACGUUGUCACAGGACCAAAAUCUGCAACUUCCCCUACAUCCUCUGGUAUGGGCACUAGCUUUAGGUGCUUGUUUCGGCGGCAAUGGUACGUUGAUAGCCGCUUCGGCGAAUGUGGUGACCGCCGGCAUUGCAACUCAACGUGGCUACAAAUUUUCGUUCAUGGCCUUCUUUGUUAUGGGCUUUCCCAUAAUGUUGGGGAAUAUCGUUGUGGCCUCGAUUUAUUUAAUACUUUGUCAUGUGGUUUUCCAAUGGCACGAUCCGCCAAAGUAUGAUUAACCGAAUUUGGUUUUUGUUGUUCGGAUUGAUGUUUACGGUAUU